AUGAAUGCAGUGGUGACUGGACAAGGACGGGAUUCGGAGGUCCAGGACGGAUGGGGUCGUGAUGUAUGUAUGAGCCGCACUGCCGGGUUCUGGUGGGAUAUGAGUCAAGAGGAGAAUACUUCAACGCAGCACGCUCGCAUGCGUGCGGGUCGUAAUAUCCUUUUUGAGAUUCGGAAAUUUGACAAUUUCCCGUCCCCGGCUCCUGGCGGGUGGCUCACUUACCAGGCUGACCGCAAGUUCCAUGACAUUCUGAUUAUUCCCAAGUUUGUCCCCGAUGGCUUCAAGAAGGGUGGACACAAUGCUAAUAUGUUUUCUUUUGACGGCGAGGUAGAUAGGAGACCAGACGAUACGAAUGUGAUGGUUUCUGUAAAUGAUCGAUCCCAGCGAGACUUGAUCAAGCGCUUUGACAGCACGGACAUUAAUUGGACGGCGAUAGAAAAGCAGCUGUUCAUGUGGGCUAAGCUGUCCCGUCUUGGCAAGGAGCUCCGGCUUAAGACCUCUGUGACCUCUGUGAACUAUAUCGAGGACACUUCUCCCCUUCCCUCAAACUCUGUCCCUUUCCUCUCGAGGACUCUCCCUGAUCCAAUCGAUAUACCUGGUCUGCACGACGUUGCGGUGGAGGAAUAUAGUGGUUGGCAAGAAUCAAGAGUAAGCAGCGAAGCUCUUAAGGACGAUAUUCGAAAAGCUCGGGAUCUGGUGCUCGCAAAUGGCCUUGAUCUGAAGCAGAUCCACGGUGAUCAAGACCCAGAUUUCUUCAUCAAGCAAGGCGUUAAAGUUGGGGUUGCGCGCCGAUUCGUUUGCGAGAUCACCGAAUGGGUGAAAAUUCUGAAACGAGCGGUAACAGAGAUCAACUAG